AUGCGCAAUCCACUCAUCAGACUCGAAUGCGGUGUCAACAGCUACGACUGGGGCAAAAUCGGCAAGACCUCUGCGGCUGCCAAGUUCCAUGCUGCCACGGCUUCAGACUUCUCCAUUCAGGAAGAGAAGCCUUAUGCUGAGCUAUGGAUGGGAACACACCCCUCGCUCCCUUCCAAGGACCUCGAAACCAAGCGCACGCUUCUCGACCUCGUGCAGGAAAACCAGGCACUGCUUUCGACCGACAUUGCUGAGCGCUAUGAGAACAAACUACCCUUCUUGUUCAAGGUCCUAUCCAUCAACAAGGCCUUGAGCAUCCAGGCGCACCCAAACAAGAAGCUUGCUGAGCAGCUCCACGCAAAGGACCCCAAGAACUACCCAGAUGACAAUCACAAGCCCGAAAUGACCAUUGCGGUCACCCCCUUUGAUGGUCUCUGCGGUUUCCGCCCCCUCGCUGAGAUAACCCACUUCCUCCAAACCGUUCCGUCCUUCCGCAAGCUUGUCGGCGAAGAAGAAGCAAAAAAGUUUGAAGAAACUGUCAAGGGCAAGGAGACUUCAGAUCAGGAGGAGGACCAGCAAGCCAACAAAAAGGCCCUGCAAUCCGCCUUCACCAAAGUCAUGAACACCUCCCAAGACGACCUGGCCUCUGCCAGCGAAGAGCUCAUCAAAGCCGCCAAAUCAGAAGGCGCAUCCUUCGCUGGCAACGGCGGCCCCUCCAACGACGGCCAAGAACUCGCCGACCUCGUCGUCCGCCUCAACUCGCAGUUCCCCGGCGACAUUGGCCUCUUUGUCCAAUUCUUUCUCAACUACGUCAAGCUCGAGGUUGGCGAGGCCAUGUUCCUCAAGGCCGACGACAUCCACGCCUACCUUUCCGGCGACAUCAUCGAGUGCAUGGCCUCGUCGGACAAUGUGGUACGCGCCGGCUUCACGCCCAAGUUCAAGGACGUGGACACUCUCACGAACAUGUUGACGUAUAGCUACGCGCCCAUUAGCGAGCAGAAGAUGGAGCCCAAGGACUAUCCCCACGUCAGACUCAACGCCCCAGCCUACAGCUCCAACUCGUCUGUCCAACUGUACGACCCGCCCAUUCCAGAGUUUGCGGUUGUGCGCACCGCGCUCCAUCGUUUGGAUGCAAAGGCCACCUUUGAUCCCAUCAAUGGGCCGAGCAUUAUCCUUUGCACAAAGGGCAAGGGCACGAUUAGUGUGGGACCCAAGGAGGAGAGCAUCCAGGAGGGCUAUGUGUUCUUCGUCGGGGCUACGGCCGAGGUGGUGAUUAAGAGUGAGACGGAUGCUGAGGAUGGGGAUGGCCUGGUUACGUUCAAGGCUUUUUGCGAACUCGAGGAUCAAUAG